CAUUCCCCUCGACUCGACACCAUCACCUAGAUUGUUGCUAGUUGUAGGCUAUAGCUAGGCAGAGACUCACCCAUCAACCAUGUGCAUCUCAGUGAACGGGCAGUCGGUGGUGCCGCCGGGGUUCCGAUUCCACCCCACGGAGGAGGAGCUGCUCACCUACUACCUCGCCAAGAAGGUGGCCUCGCAGCGCAUCGACCUCGACGUCAUCCCCGACAUCGAUCUCAACAAGCUCGAGCCAUGGGAUAUCCAAGAGCGCUGCCGGAUCGGAACGGGCCCGCAGAACGACUGGUACCUGUUCAGCCACAAGGACAAGAAGUACCCCACGGGGACGCGCACCAACCGCGCCACCGCCGCCGGGUUCUGGAAGGCCACCGGCCGGGACAAGGCCAUCUACUCCGCGGCCGGCUCCGGCCGCAUUGGCAUGCGCAAGACGCUCGUCUUCUACAAGGGUCGUGCCCCGCGUGGCCACAAGUCUGACUGGAUCAUGCACGAGUACCGCCUCGACGACGCCGUCCCUGUCAACCCCACGGCCGGCGACGCCACCUACAACUCCAGUAACUCAUUCCCGGUUCGCGGCGUGGCCGGAGACCAGUCGCCGUCGGCACAGGAGGACGGGUGGGUCAUCUGUCGGGUGUUCAGGAAGAAGAACAUCGUCGUGCAGCACCAGAACGGCGGCGGCGCCGGUGCCAUGGAGUACAGCCAGAGCAACUGCUCGUCAGCGGUGACCGCCGCCAGCGACAAGGCCAAGGCGCACAUGCACCAGCAGCAGCACCUGCCGCAGAGCGACGACGCGCUCGACCACAUCCUCGGCUACAUGGGCCGCUCAUCCACGACAUCCUGCAAGCAGGAGACCAAGCCCACCAACCCAUCAUCGUCAGCGCUGGACCACCUGAUCAACAGCGCGUGCAACAACGGCACCGGCACCCUGUACGACAAGUUAAUGAAGCUCCCGCCGCUCGAGCACGUCGUCCCCGGCGGGCUCCUGCCGCCGCCGAACGAGUACGACCGCGACUGGGACGCUCUUGACCGGCUGGCGGCGUACGAGCUCAACGGCCUCUCUAACCCUGCGCUGGCCGAGACGACGAACGGCAUGUCCUACAUAGCACACAAGCUCGGUGGCGCCACCUCCUACUCCGGCGGUGGCACGCUACACCCCCCCUCCUUCACCGGGGCCGGCGAUGGUGACUUGUGGAGCCUGGCGCGGCCGGUGUCAUCGCUACACGCAGACUUGACGAUGACCUGGUUUAAUGCUGUCGGAUGCUGA